AAUAUAAUAGACUUUAUUAUAAAUAAAAAAGAGAUGAUACGAGUCCAUUGAAAUCACAUCUCUUGCACGCUAACAUUUCUUCGUAGUUUCCUUAUUCCUUUCUUAAAUCUGGCAUAUUUGACCGCCCAAUUUGAUCAUCGCCGACAACAAUAGAAGUAGAAGAAAUUCGUGGAAUUGAGAUAAGCAGUGAAGAAAUCGUAUGAAACUUGGGCCAAGGCUAAUUAGGAACAAACCUGGUGCUCAAUUGAAAUCAUCCAACUCAAUUUUAUCAUCGGCUGCGGCUAUGGCCGAAGAAAUUAGCUCCUCCUCAACAACAGCAGCAACAAGGACCAAGAAAUCGUCUAGGUGGCCGUCACUUCUCCGCUGGAUCCCUACCUCCACCGACCACAUCAUCGCCGCCGAGAAACGUCUUCUCUCGCUUAUUAAGACACCCUACACCCAGGAAAAUGUUAAUAUAGGAUCCGGACCCCCUGGAUCUAAAGUCAGAUGGUUUCGCUCAACAAGCAAUGAACCUAGAUUCAUCAAUACAGUAACCUUUGAUAGCAAAGAGGAUUCUCCCACACUUGUGAUGGUGCAUGGAUAUGGUGCUUCUCAGGGUUUUUUCUUCCGGAACUUUGAUUUUCUUGCCAAGCAUUUCAAAGUGAUUGCUAUUGAUCAGCUCGGUUGGGGCGGAUCAAGCAGGCCUGACUUUACAUGCAAAAGCACUGAAGAAACUGAGGCAUGGUUCAUUGAUUCUCUAGAGGAAUGGCGCAAAUCCAAGAAUCUUAGCAACUUCAUAUUACUAGGACAUUCCUUUGGAGGGUAUGUUGCUGCUAAAUAUGCUCUGAAGCAUCCUGAGCACAUAAAACAUUUGGUUUUGGUGGGAUCUGCGGGGUUUUCACAAGAGUCAGAACAGUCUGAGCGGCUUACCCGCUUCAGGGCAACUUGGAAAGGAGCAAUUAUAAAUCAUUUAUGGGAGUCUAACUUUACUCCCCAGAAAAUAAUCAGAGGCUUAGGUCCCUGGGGUCCUGAUUUGGUUCGCAAGUACACAACAGCUAGAUUUGGUUCAUAUUCAACUGGAGAUGUUUUGACUGAAGACGAGUCCAAAUUGUUAACAGAUUACGUGUACCAUACUCUUGCGGCCAAAGCUAGUGGAGAACUGUGCUUGAAGUAUAUAUUCUCAUUUGGAGCAUUCGCCAGGAGUCCUCUCGUACAGAGUGCUGCGGACUGGAAGGUACCAACCAGCUUUAUAUAUGGUUUUGACGAUUGGAUGAGUUACCAAGGGGCACAAGAAGCUCGCAAGAAUAUGAAUGUCCCGUGUGAUAUUAUUAGAGUCCCUCAGGGUGGCCACUUUGUGUUUAUAGACAAUCCAAGUGGUUUCCAUUCGGCUGUCUUAUAUGCUUGUCGCAGGUUCAUCUCUUGUGAUCCAGAUAAUUAUCCAUUCCCUGAUGGUUUGACAUCAGCAUAAAGGAAAUGAGAAUCUGUUGUAUUGUUAGAGCUCUGGUAAUGGGCAUUAAUUUUAGUAUAUUCUUAGAAAUAGUACAAUUCAAAUUAUCUAAGAAUGUGUUUUUUCUGAAUGAGAUUGCAAGGGUUUGUACUGUGGUUUUCCUUCUACUACUAUGAACAGUUGUACAUAAACCAAAUAAAUAUUCGAUUUGACAAUAAAUUAUAAAAUGCAUCUUGCUUGAAA